CUAUUUUCUUUCCCAAAAAUGAUGUCCACUGUUCAUCUCCUCCUGAUUUUUUUCUUCUCUUUCUUUGGAAUUGCAUCCUACCUACGAGUUAUUCAACCUGUUUCAUGCACCAAAAGCCCUAUUUUCAGAUGCUCUGAAAUGGAGACAAAAGCCCUUCUUAGCUUCAAAGAAGGUCUCACAGAUCCAUUGGGUCGUCUCUCGUCUUGGGUUGGUGAGGAUUGCUGCAACUGGACAGGCGUUGGCUGUGACAAUUCCACAGGUCAUAUCGUCAAUCUAGACCUCAGAAACUCAUUACCGGUGGCUGAAUUAGAAUAUAUUGAAGAUGCUAAUUCUUAUUCACUCAUAGAAUAUGAGGUUUACAGUGAUGAAAAAAUAAAAGCUUUCGAGAAGUCGUGCUUGGGGGGUAAGAUAAGUCCUUCAUUACUCAAUUUAAAGCAUUUGAGUUACUUGGACCUAAGCCUGAAUAAUUUUAGUGGAAACACUAUUCCCAAGUUUUUGGGUUCCCUUGAGAGUUUGAUGUAUCUUAAUCUCUCUUUCUCAUUUUUUUCGGGAGUUGUUCCUCCCCAACUUGGGAAUCUCUCAAGGCUACAAUAUCUAGACCUCACCUCAUCUCCAUCUUCAAGCAAUUACACCGACUCAAUUUACUUUCCACCAUGGAGAUUGGAAGUCAAAAGCCUGGAGUGGUUGGUUGGUUUUCCUUCUCUUAGGUACCUUAAUUUGGGAUAUGUAAAUCUUGAAAAAGUACCCGAUUGGCUUCAUUCAGUUAAUAUGCUCCCUUCCUUGGUGGAGUUACACCUAGUUCACUGUAACCUCGCUAGUCUUCCUCACUUUGUUUUCUCCAACAACUUGACAUUGCUUUCGGUCCUUGAUCUCUCUUACAACCAUUUUGACUCCUUAAUACCUCAUUGGUUGUCAAAUCUGAGUAGCCUUUCAACUAUAAAUCUUGCGUUCAAUUUUCUUAGAGGUGUUAUUCCAGAUGGUAUGGGACAUCUAGCCAACUUGCGCAACUUGAAAUUAGCUGGCAACGAUCUAAUUGGAAAGAUACCGAACUCAUUUUCAAACCUUUGCAACUUGCAAACAUUAAAUCUGUGGUCCAACAACAUAAGUGGGGAGGUAGUUGAGUUUUUGGAUGGCUUGUCUCAAUGUUCCAACAGUAGCCUUGAGUAUCUAGAUUUGAGUGCAAAUUCCUUUCUUGGGGGGAACUUGCCCUAUUCAUUGGGAGGUCUCAAGAAGUUGAAAACUAUUUACCUAUUUCAAACCUCUGUUGGGGGUUCAAUUCCAAAUUCUAUUGGAAACUUGACGUCAUUACAAGAACUUGACCUCUCUGGAAGCUCUGUUGGGGGUUCAAUUCCAGAUUCUAUUGGAAACUUGACGUCAUUGCAAGAACUUUACCUCUCUAGAAGCUCUGUUGGGGGUUCAAUUCCAGAUUCUAUUGGAAACUUGACGUCAUUGCAAACACUUGACCUCUCAUAUAAUCAAAUGAACGGAGCCAUUCCAGAAAGCAUCGGGAAACUGUCAAUGCUUGUUUCACUGAGCCUUUCUUCGAAUCCUUGGGAAGGUUUCCUAACUGAAGCUCAUUUUCAAAAUCUCACCAGAUUAAAGUUUCUUAAUUUGGAUAUGAAAUUUUCUACGAAAUUGACUUUAGUUUUUGAUGUCAAACAUGACUGGGUUCCUCCUUUUAAGCUAAGAGAAAUUCAAUUAAGAAACAUGAAGAUCGGCCCAAAGUUUCCAGCAUGGCUACAAACACAAAAUAAACUCAACAUUAUUUGGCUCGACAAUGUUGGCAUUUCUGACACCAUUCCGCAUGGCCUCUGGAAGUCCUGCCCAAACGUCAUUCUUUGGAGUCUAUCCGGUAACAAGCUACGUGGGCAGGUACCAUACUUUCAAUUUGACCCUUCGGCAAAUUAUUUUGAUUUGAGUUCCAACAACUUAGAGGGUCCACUUCCUCUUUUUCAUAGUAAUCUGUCUCAACUAUUUCUUCAAAACAAUAUGUUUUCUGGAGCUAUUCCUGAAAACAUAAGUGAACUAUUGCCCAAGUUAUCUUGGUUGGACCUUUCUUCAAAUUCAAUUACUGGUAGAAUUCCCCACUCUAUUGGAAUGCUUAAGGAAUUGACAGGUCUUGUUUUGAGAAAUAAUUCCAUAUCCAGGAAACUCCCCCCUCAUUGGAAGGAUUUACGGAAGUUAGUGGUGUUGAACUUAGCAAAGAACAAUAUAUCUGGCAGUGUUCCAAGUUCAAUGCAAUAUUUGAAAUCACUAGAGCAAAUAUCAUUGAGCCAAAAUCAUCUUGAAGGAGAGCUUCCUUUUUUCUUCAGAAACUAUAGAUACUUGCGAAUGCUUGAUCUUGGAGGAAACAACUUCUCUGGAAAACUUCCGGCAUGGAUAGGAGAAAGUUUAUCAUAUUUAUUGGGGUUAAGGCUACGGUCCAACUUGUUUCACGGGAACAUACCAUCUCAAUUAUGUCUACUUUCAAGACUUCAUAUCCUAGACCUUGCACAUAAUGAUUUUUCAGGAGCAAUCCCUCAAUGUUUAGGAAACUUCAGUGAUGAUGGAUAUAGUCGUUAUUAUAACUAUAGUGAUCAGGAAAUGCUGCUAGUUUCUAAAGGAAGAGAAUAUCUAUACGAUAGUUAUAUUGUUAGUCUUUUCCAUUCCAUAGACCUGUCGAAUAAUAAUUUAUCCGGAGAAAUACCUGGUAAUAUAACAAGCCUCUUAAGAUUGGUCAACUUGAAUUUAUCAAUGAAUCAUCUUAUUGGAAGAAUUCCAGAAAAAAUUGGGGAUUUACACAUGUUAGAAUCACUUGAUCUCUCAAUGAAUGAACUUUCUGGUCCUAUCCCUGAAAGCUUGUCUUCUUUGACCUUUUUAAGUCACUUGAAUUUGUCAUUCAACAACUUGUCUGGGAAAAUUCCAAACGGGAAUCAACUUCAAACACUGUAUGAUGAUGACUCUUCUAUCUACGAAGGUAACUCUUUACUCUGUGGGCCUCCUCUUUCAACCAAGUGUUCAAAAGAUGAAACUAAACCUAGAGUAGCCAACAAAAAUGAAAGGGGAAUUGAGUCAAUCUCAUUCUACAUUAGCAUGCCAGCGGGGUUUAUCGUCGGUUUUUGGGGAGUUUGUGGCACAUUGAUAAUCAAAACAUCAUGGAGACAUGCUUACUUUCGAAGCUUUGAUAAUUUGAAAGACAAGAUUGCUGUCAUGGUCAAAAUUGUUCGCUUGUUCAGGAAGGUGAAGUAG